GGCUGUCAAAUCGGCUCUAGCUAGAUGUUCGUUUCGUCUACUUUUUGAUAGCAUUUUGGGUAUUGAAUGGAAUGGUUUGUUGUAUGGUUAACGACAUCGGUGAAAAACUGUGAAAAUUCCGCGAUCAUAUAAAUCGAAAUUACAAAUAAAUUUUAAAAGUGAUCUAGAAAAUUCAACACCUAAAAUAGUUGUUUUGUGUAUACACAAUAACAAAAUUUGUGCGUUGAAAAUGUCAAAUUGACAUUUUUGACUAGUUGACGGACAAAACUUCAUUUUUUCUGCUUUGUGAAAAUUAUCGGUAUUUCGCUGUGUCUACUGCUUCUAUUUGACAUUCAACGACAUUUGAGGUAUGAAAUAUAGAUAUUGGUGAUGUCAACGUAGCGCCUAUGGACCUUUAAAAAAGCUCAUACAUUGACUAAAUAAAUUAAACAAUACAGUUUCAAGUUUUUGGAUACAAAGAGGCAAAUAUUGGAACAUCGAAAUUUUGUACUGUACAUAGAUGCGGCCAUCUUGCGCAGAAGUUUGGCGAUCGUAUACCUCGCUUCUGACCUAUUUUUUUGUAUAUAAUUAAAUCGUAUAACUUAACCGAAUAUGACUAUUCCUACAUUAAAACAUGUGGAUCUGAUUGGUGCGGUGAUUUUUUAGCGGAAGAACAUUUUCUUUAACUAUCACACCAUACCUUCCAAAACCCACUGGGUAAUCCUUGACUGGGUGGUAGAACAUUUUAUAUUUACAUAUGUAUUUCUUCACAUAUUGCAUUCAUUUAUUUAAGAUAUUUCAAUGACAUUUCCUUCCGAUUGCAUUUUUCUAUGUCACUUUCUCACCAAUUAUUUUGUUUCCGCCAUUUUGACAAAAGAAACCAAAGAUUUAUUAUUUCUCUUCUGCCAAUUCUAUUUUCGUUGAAACAACACGAAAAGAGGUUCAACAAACGAAAGUAUAUCUGCUGCAUUCACUCUUUAAGUUGCAAUGGUGUAAAACGUCGUGGAGAACAAUAAAUGAUAACUGUCAAACGCGUGCUUCAUAUUUCGUGGCGUUCAAGUUUAUUAAAGAAAAAAAGUUUGAAGUUUAAUUAGUCAAAAAUAGCAGUAGAAAUUGACGUUUUGUUGAUUUUGUACACAAAUGCAUGUCAAAAGCCACUGGAGCCGGCAAACUACUGUAUGAGGAAAACGCAAGUCUAGCGCUAACUAGGAAAACUAUUGGAAGCAUCCAAGCAACUGCUGACUUGCGUUCCCUAAGGCAACUUAGUUAAAAAAUUGAUUUUAGAAAAACGCUUAAAUCGUAUUUAGAAGACAAAAUCACUUGCAUACAUACAUCAAAUAAUAAGCAGACGUUUGGCGGCAUAUUUUAAUUUUGACUCUGAAUAUUUCAACUUUUGAAUUUUAUUACACGUUGGGCCGCUCCAACAGACGUUAGCAGAAGAUUGCUAAUAUAAAUGAUUCUGUAGCAUCGAUUGUGCUAGUUGUAAGAGGAAACAGUCUCAAUUUCGAAGAUUCAAAAUGCUUUCACCGGACACACUGCAUCACGAAGAAGUUAAUUUGGCGUUAGACCGACAAGUUCGCCAAGACAUACAGGAUAUGGCGCAAGAGGCGCAGAUACAAGCACAGAUUAUAGCGCACGAAGCGCGUGAUCGAUUUCAAUCUACAUCGAGCGUUGAGGAAGAUGGCCAAGAAGAUAUUGAACAUGACGGUGUCACUGUUUUGGGUGUUGUUGAAGCCGAUGAUGAUGAGGACGUACAUCAUCAUGAAAGUAUUGUUGAAGAGGAUUUGACCGAGCACGAUUUGUCUGACAUGCAAGAUGUCAAAGAUUUCAAGGAUAUGUUAAUGGAAUCCAAUGAUGGCAAUGCGGACAAUUCAUUAAUGCGCAAGCGACGCGGCAACCUGCCGAAACAAUCUGUUAAGAUCUUAAAACGUUGGUUGUAUGAACAUCGCUACAAUGCAUACCCCAGCGAUGCAGAAAAGUUUACACUAUCGCAGGAAGCUAAUUUGACGGUGCUGCAGGUUUGCAAUUGGUUUAUCAACGCCCGUAGGCGCAUACUACCCGAAAUGAUACGCCGAGAGGGCAAUGACCCCUUACACUUCACGAUUUCAAGGCGCGGCAAAAAGCUGAACUCAUCAUUAAACUCGUCAAAUAGUUUAAAUGCAAGUGGAAUUGUACCAAAUCCUAUUACUGGCAGUCCAGCCUCGGAAGUGAUCGUUGGCGCGACGGAGGAAGUUGAGGGCGAUGAGGUGCAUGAUGGCGUCGCAAAUGUACUAACGGCGUUAGGGCAUUUCGUGCAAACGCCGGGCGGCCACAUGGUCAAAGUAGAACCAGACAUGGAGUACGAUGAUAGUGUAAUUUAUAGAUCGGAAGAUGACAGCGUCAACGAGUACGAUUCGUGCGAGCCGCAAAGUGAGGAGGAAGGGAAAUUUGAAAGCUCGGACGCUUGGCAAAGCGUUAUGAAUACCGAGGAAGUAACGACCUCUAGUCCAACCGCAACGAAUAAUACCUAUUGGACGACGGCAUCACAUCCGCACACGACGACGGCGCAAUCUCAUGCAAUAGGUGUUACUGGCGCAACAACAACAGGCAACAAUGUGAUAGCGGCUGCCAAUGUGAAUGCACUGGUAAGCCCAGUCGAGUGCAAACCUGAACCGGGCGUGACAGUGGGCGCCGAAGCAACGGUUGUUACAUCGGGCGUCUCAAAUGCGUCUAACAGUAAUAAUAAUAGCGCAAAUGCAACAAAUAAUAAUACAAUUACAUCAACCGUACAGGUCAUACAUCCUGGCAGUCAUCUGGUGAAAGGUGUUAUACGCGACGAUAAAGAUAAAUUCAAAUGUUUGUACCUGCUGGUGGAGACGGCAGUGGCCGUGCGCCAACGUGAAAAGGAGCAAGAAGACGAAGAUGUACAUGUGCUGGGAAAUUAGUUAGCCGACCACCACAUCAACAUGCAAUUAACAAUAAAACAAAACGAAGAAAUUCACACAUCCACGAACUGUUUGCAGUGAUGUGUCUUUUGUAUAGUGUCUAAAAUGUGAAUUUAAGCCUUGCGUGUCAACAGUUUUAUUUAUGCUGAAUUUCUGAUAGCUCAUUGGUGUCUGAGCAAGAAUAACACUUCUAAGCACUAGUUAGUACCAUACAUUUUGCGCAAUAAUCGGUUACAUUUCAAAUAUUUGCUACUUGCUGCUAAUGUACCAUAUUUAAUUUUCAUGCAAUCAUAUUAGUUUUCUCAAUUUAAUUUCGCAACUACAAUAUUUACAUAAUUUGUCAAUGGUUUACAUGAAUUACAUUAAACGCGUAUUAUCAGUUUCUAAUAAUUAAGUUUUUUUUUUAUAUUUGGUUGCAGAUGCUUAUAUAUUUACAGCUUAUCAAAUGAAAAUACGCCAAUUUACCAAAUGACUACUAAUAAUAUUAUAAUAAAUAAUUUUGCCCGUACAUUACCUCUUUUUCUAUUUUCUCAAAAGUGCGUUAGACAAAUUUACAAUAAUUUUCAUAAUAACAUGCCGUAAGUGAUUGUCUAACUAAUUACUAUCUUCUCUACGCGCUGCAGCAAGUUCUUGAAUUAAUUUUCUUUUUAAUAAAUUUUUUUUUUUAAUUUAAUUUUUUUUAAUUUAAUUUUUUUUAAUUUAAUUUUUUUUAAAUUUAAUUUUUUUUAUUGCAAGUCUAUAACAAUACACUCGCGCACAUUUCUGUGUUGUAUGGCAUGGAAACGAAUAUUUUAAAUUGUCUGUUUAUUAAAUCUCACGUAAUAUUUUUUUAUAUUACCUCCGUUUGUAAAGUAAACAAAGAACAGCUGAAAGGUCACUGGAGAGUUGUUAUAAUGUAUGGUAUUUGCCGUUACUGUCACAUUGCAUCAUUCAAAACUGUCAAAAAUAAAUUAUGCAUAACUAUUGAACAGUUGAAUUGAUUAUGAGUAUGAAGAAAUAUAAUAUAAAUCAGAUCCUUAAAUUAUUAUUUUCUUUAUUGAGUUUCGCCAUAUUUCUCAAAAAGCCAUCAGAUAUGUGUAAAACAAUUUUUUUAAUCUUUUUUUAGUACAUUUCUGCUUAUCGUCUUGUUUUAAUUUAAGAAAUAUCUUUUACUUUGCUGAUGCAGUGUGGCGAACAGCUGUUUCAAAUUAAAAAGAAUUUAAUUUAAAUUUACAAAAAAAAAAUCAAAUAUAAUUUAAAAAAAUUAUAAACUUUAAUUUAAAAAAUGUCAAAUUAAAUUAACAAAAAAAUUUUCAAGUUUAAUUUUCCAAUAAAAAAAAUUAUUAAAUUUAAUUUUACAAAAAAAAAAAUUAAAUGCGUGAAUGUUGCAUAUUUCAAAGUUUUUACUUACAAAAAUAGUUGAUAGGCAUUUUACUUAAGCGCGUUGUACACAUGUAAAUUAAUUAAAACAGAACAGAAAAAACUUGUAAACGUAAAUCGAAAUGCGUAACUUAUUAUUGGUUCAUUUCGCUAAUUGGAAAAAUUAUCAAAAAAAAA